AGACCCCAAUUCAGCAUCUCAGAGACUUCACAAGGUGCCGGACCUCAUUAUGGAGAAUAAACGGGUAUUCUUUAAGAUCACGGCAGACGAGAUCCCCUUGGGCCGAGUGGUGAUGGAGCUCCGAUUUGAUGUGGUGCCUAAGACUGCAGACAAUUUCCUUAAACUCUGUACAGGUGAAGUUGGCUACGGCUACAAGGGCUGCACUUUCCACCGUAUUAUCCCUAACUUUAUGUGCCAGGGUGGCGACUUCACCAAUCAUAAUGGCACAGGUGGUAAGUCUAUAUUUGGUGGUAAGUUUGAAGAUGAGAACUUCAUCCUAAAGCACAGCGCUCCAGGUACACUCUCUAUGGCAAACUCUGGACCCAACAGCAAUGGCUCUCAGUUCUUCAUCUCUACUAUCAAGGCUGACUGGCUGAAUGGUAAACAUGUGGUGUUUGGCACUGUAGUUGAAGGGAUGGAGGUGAUAAAGAAGAUGGAAAGUUAUGGCUCCAACAGUGGGAAGACCAGCAAGAAAAUUGUCAUUGAUGAUUGUGGGAUUCUGGAAGAGGCACCCACUGCUUAAUAACCACGCAUGAAACCACAGCUGACCAUAAUGCUUCUCCACAACAUGUGUUCCUCUCUGUGCCAUGUCCUCAUGUGGCUAGGACUUGUCAGCUCAUUCUACUGAACAUUGUGGCUGUGCCAUUAUCAAUAACACUGCCCCCUACUGCACAAAAUCAUGCCAGACUGAAUAAAACGCAGCUGAUCAUGUAGUAGUUAUUCAGUAGUUCCACCACUUUGCUUAAAGGAGUUUUCUGGGGGUUUAAUACUGAUGACUUAUCCUUAGGGUAGGUCGUCAAUAUCUGAAUGGUCCGGCACUCCUACUGAUCAGUUGUUUAAUAAGGCUGUGGCGCUCUUCCUAGGCCAGUGACAUCACAUCCAUCGGACACAUGGCCUAGGUGCAGAUUAGUCCCAUUCAAGAGAGUGGGCCUCAGCUGCAAAAGCAAGCACAGCUGCUAUACAAUGUACAGUGGGAAGCUGUAAAAAGGCUGCAGCGCUCACUGGAGCUGAUCUGCGGAAAUCGGACCCCCACCGUUCAGAUGUUGAUGACCUAUCCUGAGGAUAUGUCAUCAAUAUUGUACUCCCAGAAAACCCCUUCAAUAAUAUCUCCAUCCGCAUCAGGAGUCUCCAUCAUAGAUUCUAUCAUUUUUGACUUGAUGAAUAGUGCUGCAUGCAAUGCUAUGUUUCCCACUGUAACAAGUGGCAAAACAAGGGACCCCAUUAUAAAAGGAUCCAUUGUUGUGUGUAUCUAGCACUGUGACAUGGUUUCCAUUUAUGAUGGGAACCACAACACAAAUGUGAAGAGAGCUUUAGAGUCUUAGCCACAUUUGCAUUUAGUACUUACAUACAUGCAUGACGCCAAUGAAGAAACAUAGCCUUCUGAAUCCGACUUCCUGGCUAUAUAAGGAGCAAUGCCAUGCAAGUCUACUGUUUACGUCUGGAAGACCCACCUUGGGGUUCUUUCUUAAUUACUGUUUAUUUGAUGUUUAAACUUAUAAAUAAAAUGC